GUACUCUUCCCCUAGGACCAGGCGCUAUGGAGGAGGCUCCCACCAACAAGCCAUUGGAGUCCAUCUCCUACUACAAUACCUUUUUCUUAAGGAUAUUCAUCUUCCGUCUUAGUCUUCUAAUCUUGAUUUCUUUUCGUUGCAGUUCCUCAUGUUCCAAAUUGCGCGCAGCACUCAGAUCUUCCAACUAGAAUCUACUUUGGAGGCGGAGCGGAAGAAUGUCAAGCGGCUGAUGUUGGAGGUGGAAACUUCCCGCCGAGAGGCCUUGGACGAGUACAAGGAGUCGACCGUUUUUCGGGAGGAUGUUAUGGUAGAGGCUCGCCAACAUCUGCAGGAGUUAGCCAUGGAGUGGUUGGGCACGCCUGAUGGGAAACAGUACCUGAUUGACUCUGGAGAUAAGGACUACCACUCAGGUGCACAAGAUAUGCAGAAGAAAAUUUAUGCAGUGCUUCUAGCCCGAGAUCUUACUUUUGUGCCCGAGGAGCAAGGCUUUCCCGAAUGGCUGGCUGACUAUGAGCCCCGAGUCACCAUUCAUACUACCCCCACUAAUCACCAAGGGGGCGAGGACACUGAAAAAGUCACCUCGGAAGGCGCAGGCGACAAUUCAAAGAUCCCGGUGGAUCCUGCAUAUUUGGACUUGGCUGUUAACCUUACAGCUUCGGCAGCGAUAGAUCACGCUCUGGUCCCCCAGGUACUUGACACUGAACGCCAGACUAUUACCAACUUGGAGGAAGAAGAGGAUCAAUCAAGCGCCUUGCAACUUAACCGUACCCAAGGCGAGGCAACCGACUUUGUUUCACUUACUAAGCCAUCGGAGAUUGGAGCAACUGAAGCCCCUCAGUCCCUCAUGGCCCAGGCUGAGCCCUGCCAAAAACUCAAGCCUCUCUUGGCCAACGCUGAAGCCAUCCAGUGGGACCCCGCUUACCGUGCCAAGCAAAUUGACAACUUGAACCUUCAGAUCGACCAAUUGAUAUCUACCUUGGAGGCGGAGCGAAAGAAUACUGAGCGACUGAUGCUGGAGGUGGCUACAUCUCGACAAGCGGCCUUGGACGAGUAUAAGGGGUUGGCCGUUUUCCGAGAGGAUGUUAUGGCAGAAGCUCGCCGACAUUUGCAGGAGUUAGCCAUGGAGUGGCUGAGCACGCCAACUGGGAAACAAUACUUGGUUGACUCUAGAGAGAAGGACUACCACUCGGGUGCAAAGAAUAUGCAAAAGGAAAUUUAUGCGGUGCUUCUAGACCAAGAUCCUACUUUUGUGCCCGAGGAGGAAGGCUUUCCCGAAUGGCUGGCUGACUUUGAGCCAUUGGUAGUCACCGUUCCUGCUACCCUCGCUAAUCACCAAGGGGUCGAGGACACUGAAAGAGUCACCUGUGCAAGCGACAAUUUAGAGAUCCCGAUAGACGUAUCUGGACUCGGCUGCUAA